GAAAAUUGUAGAUAAAGUUGUGACCUUUUAUUUGGUAUAUUAUUUUCCCAAUUUGGAUAAGCAUACGGCCUGCUACAAUUUUUGGAAGAAAAUGUGACAACAAAUAACGUUGGAUUUUAGUUUAAUGUUCAUAGUUAGCAUCAAUCUGAGUCAUCAGUUAUUUGAAAUUUGUCUUAUGCACAUUGAGCAACAAUAAAGUAAUGUGAUCGAAAGUGAAGCUUAAGAAACUAAUGGAUUCUUAUUUCAGGUGUGUUAUUCGUUGUUGUUUACCUAAGAAAAUUUUGGUCUAUGGUGCUGCUGUUGGUGAUCUUUCGAUUUCGAUAGCGCGUUCCGAAGUUUAAAACAAUGGAAGUAUUCGCAGUUUGUGAUACAGUGAAGAAGGAUAACUGAUCGUUCCUCUCUCCACUCUCAGUCACCGAACCCUAAUUUCCCGAGGAAAUAAAUGCCAUCACUCCAAUCUCUGUAUUUCUCUUCGGCUAAACCCUUUCACAUAAACCCUAGAACCCCUGCAUUAUGGAGACUCCUCACCACAUCUUGCGCUUACUCUAAUCCCACUCCGGUUGAGAAUGCCGACUCCGAUGACUUCCGGGAACCUUUUUCCGGCCGGCCGGACAAUUUUUCCGGCCGCAAAAUUGAAGACGCGGUGGCGUUGGAUCCCGGAAAAUUGAGAGUCGAUUCAUCGAUUCCGUCUCGGAUUCCAGACCUAGAGCAUCUAAUAAGCAGAAGUUCCACUGCAUCACCAACUCAAGUAAGGCAGAUCCAUGCCCAACUACUCAGAACAGGUCUCUGUCAAUUCCCUUAUUAUAGAACCAAGCUACUCUCUCUCUAUGCCAACCACCGCUGCUUUUCCGAUGCGAAAAACCUUCUGUCGUUCGAACCCGAUAUUAUCUCAUUCACUACCCUUAUUAAUGCAUCUUCCAAGUUUAACGAUUUUGAUAACAUUCUCAGUGUAUUUUCUCGAAUGCUCAAACACGGCCUUUUUCCGGAUGCCCAUGUUUUGCCGAGUGUGAUCAAGGCUUGUGCCGGACUACUGGCUGUUAACAUCGGAAAGCAAGUUCAUGGGUUUUCUUUGGCAUCUGGUAUAUCCUUGGAUUCUUUUGUUCAGUCUUCUUUGGUUCAUUUUUAUGUGAAAUGUGAUGAAUUAGUUGACGCUCACAAGCUGUUUGAUAAUAUGGUUGAGAGAGAUGUUGUUUCUUGGAGCGCAUUGGCUGCUGGUUAUGCAAGGAAAGGGGAUAGAGUUAAUGCGAGAAAAGUUUUCAACGAGGUUAAAAAUCUUGGGUUUCAACCGAAUACUGUGUCUUGGAACGGUAUGAUUGCAGGGUUUAAUCAAAGUGGGUGUUUUCUCGAUGCAGUUUUGAUGUUUCAGCAGAUGCACAAACAUGGUUUUAAAUCAGAUGGGACUAGCAUUUCUAGUGUUCUUCCUGCAAUAGGUGACUUGGGGUAUUUAAGUACAGGCACCCAAGUUCAUGGGUAUGUGAUCAAGAACGGUUUUGCUGUUGACAAGUGUAUUGUAAGUGCACUCAUUGAUAUGUACGGCAAAUGCGGAUGUGCCUUAGAGAUGUCACAAGUGCUUGAAGAUAUGGGUCAAGUGGAAGUUGGGGCUUGCAAUGCACUAAUUACAGGGCUCGCUCGUCAUGGUCUUGUUGACAAGGCGCUGAGGGUGUUUAAAGAACUUCAGGGUCAACAAAUGGAAUUGAAUGUUGUUUCAUGGACUUCGGUUAUAGCGUGUUGCUCACAGCAUGGUAAAGAUAUCGAGGCUUUGGAGCUUUUUAGAGAAAUGCAGUCUGCUGGUGUGAAACCGAACGCUGUCACCAUCCCUUGCUUGCUUCCAGCUUGUGGAAAUAUUGCAGCGCUUAUGCAUGGAAAGGCUGCACACUGCUUCUCUCUUAGAAGGGGCAUUUCAGGCGAUGUUUAUGUAGGCAGUGCACUGAUCGAUAUGUACGCUAAUUGUGGAAAAAUCCAAUUAGCUCGAUGCUGUUUUGACAGGAUGCCUGUUCGUAAUUUGGUUUGCUGGAACGCAAUGUUGGGGGGAUAUGCAAUGCAUGGAAAAGCAAACGAAGCUAUUGAAUUUUUUCUCAUGAUGCAGAGGAGUGGACAGAAACCUGACUCUGUUAGUCUCACUAGUCUCUUAUCUGCAUGUAGCCAAAGUGGGCUUACGGAAGAAGGGCAUCGUUACUUUGACAGAAUGACCACGGAUCAUGGUAUUAAACCUAGAGUGGAGCACUAUGCUUGUGUUGUGAGUCUGCUUGGUCGUGCAGGAAAGCUUGAAGAGGCUUAUUCCAUGAUCGAGAAAAUGCCGUUUGAGCCCGACGCUUGCGUCUGGGGUGCAUUGUUAAGUUCCUGUAGAGUUCACCAUAACAUGAGCUUGGGUGAGGUUGCUGCUCGUAAAUUGUUCGAACUAGAACCAAUGAAUCCCGGAAACUACAUUCUUUGGAUUGAGGUGAAGAACAAAGUACACAUGCUUUUGGCUGGAGAUAAAUCGCUUCCUCAAAUGGCUCAAAUCAUGGACAAGUUAAAUAGAUUGAGCAUUGAAAUGAAGAAAGCAGGUUACUCGCCGAAUACCGACUAUGUGCUACAAGAUGUAGAGGAACAGGAGAAGGAGCAUAUCUUAUGUGGGCACAGUGAGAAGUUGGCUGUAGUUUUUGGUAUUCUGAAUACGAGUCCAGGGUGGCCUCUGAGAGUCACAAAGAACCUAAGAAUCUGCGGAGAUUGCCAUGCUGUUAUUAAAUGUAUUUCUAGGUUCGAGAGGAGAGAAAUUUUCGUCAGAGACACAAAUCGCUACCAUCACUUCAAAGAUGGUGACUGCUCGUGUGGGGAUUAUUGGUGAUUUGAGUUCUCUCUGGGGUAAAGAAAAACCUCCAGCAAAAAUACUCCUGAUUCUUGGCCUUGGACUUGCGAGUAUCUACUCCGAGGACGAACCCCUUGGGUUUGCUAACUGAUCCGAGCUCGCGCAAAGUAUCUUGGUAUUCCACUAUUAGGAGAUGAUGUGUACGGAGGAAUCAAGAACAUUCAGUCAAGGAACCGUAGUAGUUAUCACGAGCAAUUUCAGCAACUUGUUGCUAGAUUAGAAAGGCCUUGCCUUCAUGCUUUAAGACUCGGAUACGACGUAUUGAUUUUGCUGAGAUCCUGGAUUUGCUUCAGAACAUUGGCACAUUGAAGGCAACAUUUUUCAACAAAUCGCAACUUUUUUUGCCCUUGCUAAUCUGAAUUAAAGUGUAUUAGGAAAAAGUGAUAAGUGCUCAUUGGUCGAUUCGGUAAAGAAAAUGCGAGAGCUAUACCAACAACAGAAAGAAAGAGACUCUCUUGCUAGAGAUUGGAUUGCAACUGCAGCCCCACUACAACAAAAAACAUCUAUUACGACAUAUAGUUAGAGACACUUUUUCACAAGCGUCCCAAAUAAAGGAUAUUGGGACACUUCAUAAAUUGCAUCUAAUUAUUUAACUUAUCGGGGCACUUAUACCUCAAAUUGAAUUUGCGCAAAAAAAAAAAAAAAAGAUUAUAAAAUAAAUUCUUGUUUAUUAGUUCCAUUUUCUUUCCAUCUCAUUUAAUCUCCCAGCGUUCCCUUCUUAUGCACCGAACGUCUCAUCUCCUUGAAGUCGAGAAUUUCUUGAUUAAACUUAUGAAGUUCGACGGCAACAAUGUCAGGAAUGUUCGAGCGUUGAUGAGUUACGAUGUAAGAGUUUAAUAAAACAAAUUCAGCUAUGGUAGCAAUGACAAUGAAAGGUCCCUUAGGAGAUGUCUCAUGUGCUCUGGCUAGUGUGCAUCAGAUUGCAUAAUCUCUUUAUUACAUCUGAGUAUGGCGAUAAUUUAUUUAACGAAGUGAUCUUAUUACUGAGACUUAUCUUAAGCAACAGGUAAUGUAAUACUCAACUUUAUUCUUUUCUUACCUGUUUUCUUCGUGAUAAUUGUUUAAAAAAAUUUGGUUGCUACAGGGGAAGGCUGAUUUUUAACAAACCUAUAAUGAAGACUAUUCGGAAGGUGUUGAUUAAGUUGAAUGGUAUCAGGUGAAAAAAAAAGGUAAGAAUAAAUUUCUCGUAUAAUUAUGUUCAAACAAUUGGAAGGCUCUUGGAAUACAUAUUAUUUGGGCCGUUUUACUGGUAGAAAAAAAAAAGGAAUUUCCCCAAUGAUUAUAUUCAGAUAAAUAAGAGAUGGUUGCUUAUGCAAUUGCUUUGAAUGAUGAAUUUUAUUGUUGAUGCAAGCCAUCUAGAAUAUGAUGGGAGCUGAAUCAUACUGUUGAAGUUUAGAGUUGCUAGAGAUUAAAAGUUUAGUUAAUCAAGAUAUUCAAAUUUUACAUUAUAGGACUAUGAUUCCAUAAUGUUGGUUGGUUUGGAAGAUCCUUUGUAGUACUAUGAUUUUUCUAAGUUGAAUAUAUUUGAAAUUUUUGUUAUGAAAAUUGAGAUUAUUGUUA